AUGAAACGAAGAGAGCGGAGCUGGAUGUAUGAUAGAUUGGAUGGGCGUUCUAUUAAGCCUGAGUUCUUGAAAGGGGUAGAGGAAUUCAUACAGUUUUGCGAAGAUCAUCGUAAGACUGCAAAGAAUGAAUAUAGGUGUCCUUGUGUUAAAUGCAAUAAUAGACGUUUUCAAGAUCCGAACACAGUAAGAAUUCAUUUGUACAGUAAGGGAUUCACUCCUCGUUACUGGGAGUGGCUGUGUCAAGGGGAAGGGUUACCUGAAUCCUCAGUAGAAGGCCAAUCAAAUGAAUAUCGUGAUAUGGUUAUGGAUGUUGUUGGUCAUAAUUAUGAUCGAUCGGGUACUGAAGAGGAGGAGCCUAACGCUGAAGCAAAGCGUUUUCUUGAUUUGUUGAAGGCGUCUGAACAUCCAUUGUAUGAAGGGAGUUCGAUGUCAGUUUUGGAGGUGGCGGAAAGAAUUACUAGCUUAAAGUGUGAGUACAAUUUUUCGCACAGGUGUGUUGAUGGGUUCGUUUCAUUGUUGACAGAAGCGAUCCCUGGCAACAGCCGUUUGGGUGAGACAUUCUACGAUGUUAAGAAGGUUGUUAAGGGGUUGGAGCUGCCGCAUGAAAAGAUUCAUGCAUGCCCUAAGGGAUGUAUGUUGUUUUGGAAAGAAGAUGCUGAGCUUCCUACAUGUAGAGUGUGUGGCAGUGAUCGAUACAAAAGAACUUUUAAAGGCAGCUUGGUUCCAAAGAAUGCGUUAUUUUAUUUCCCGAUCACAUCUAGGUUGCAAAGGAUGUUUGCAACGAAGAACAUUUCAGAGGAAAUGAGUUGGCAUGCAAAUAAUCCUCGUGUCAAAGGCAUGAUGGCACACCCUAGUGACACUGAAGCUUGGAGACAGCUUGAUACCUUCUUCCCAGAACUUGCCUCGGAUCCACGGAAUGUUCGACUAGGGCUGUGUACAGAUGGUUUUGCUCCUCAUGAUCAUCCUUUCCGAAAAAGUAAAACAGCAUUUUGCAUAAACAGAGUUGAAAAAGGCUCACCGCCGCACAUCAUGUCAGGGGAGGAACUUUGGGAAUGUGUAAAAGACCUUCCGAGGGCCACCAAUGGGCUUGAAUCACUGCAAGAGUUGAAAAAGGAAAAGAAAGGGUGGUUCAAGCAAAGUUGCUUGUGGGAGCUUACGUAUUGGAAGCAUUUGUUGAUUCGUAACAACUUAGAUGUCAUGCACAUUGAAAAAAACUUCUUUAAUCAAAUAUUUCACACUGUAAUGGAUGUGAGAAGACAAACUUCUAACACACCUUCGGCCAGAAAUGAUAUUGCCAAAUAUUGUAGGCGACCUCAACUUCAUGUACAGGCUGAUGACAGAGGGAAUGAGGUCAUGCCAAAGACCACAUUCUGCCUCGAUAAGGGUCAGAGGAGGGUUUUGUGUGAGUGGGUUCGUGACCUGCGAUUCCCUGACGGUUACGCCUCCAAUUUGAGCAGAUGUGUAGAUCUGCAGGCGUGUAGAAUACACGGAAUGAAAAGCCAUGAUUGA